GGACGGGGGUUGUGCCGAUUUCACAUAUGACCCCGAACGUAGGUCAGCUGGUCUAGAGUCCAUGCCGCUUGGAGGAAUAGGCAAGACGGUUCCUCCAGUUGGUCUGUCUCACGGGCUAGUCAAUGUUAUUUACUACCAGUCAUAUUUGUCUACUUAUUGCUCCCAUAUCUCAUAUCAGCGAAGGCGACGAUAAACUUAGCUGCUUACUUGACAGUGUUCUCAUACUCAUAUCAAAGCAAAGACGACGAUAGACUCGGCUGCUUACUAUCACCUUGACACACUAUGUCCGCUCUUCGUGCAUCGAGGUUCGUAAGGCCAACGACGUCGUUGUCGUCAUUGCACCUACGGAAUCAGACGAUCGUGUGUGGGGGCUUUGGUCUACGUGCUACACGGUCAUUCGCGUCUACAGCGUGUAGACUUGACAAGAAUAAUAAGAGGGUGCAAUCAGUGUCACCAUUAGGCCCACUAGGCGUAGAAGCUGCACUAAAAGCAGCAAAUGAUCCAUCUUUCAAGCCGCGUCCGACGAUUCAGAAGGAAUUCGAUCUGACGGGGCGUGUUGCGGUCGUUUCGGGCGGGAACCGCGGUUUGGGACUCGAGAUGGCUGAAACUCUCUGCGAACAAGGUGCAACUGUUUAUUGUCUCGACUUACCUAGUCAACCAGGAAAAGAAUGGAGUGCGACGCGAGAUUAUGUGAAAAAGAUGAACGUUAAGGGUGCGAAGCUCGAAUAUGCUAGUGUGGACGUGACGGACCAAAAGGCUGUAUGGGACGCUGUUGCGAAGAUUGGUGAUAAGGAGAAACGGAUGGACGCGUGCGUUGCUGCUGCGGGUAUCCUUCAAGGAUUCGAUUGCCUUGAGUACCCUGCUGAGGAGUUCCAGAAAGUUAUGAAUGUAAACGUGCAUGGUGUUCUGUACACUGCACAAGCGGUGGGUCGUCAGAUGACCCGCUUUGGUACACCGGGCAGUAUCAUCCUUAUUGCUUCUAUGAGUGGGAGCAUCACUAAUAGGGACCAUGCGUGGGUAGCGUACAAUACGAGUAAGUCGGCGGUCAUUCAGAUGGGACGUAGUAUGGCCUGUGAACUAGGCCCGAAGAGAAUUAGGGUCAAUACAUUGUCGCCUGGACAUAUCUAUACGAAUAUGACAGCGGCGUACCUUGACAAGUAUCCGGAAUUGUUUGACAAAUGGUCGAACUUGAAUCCUUUGGGUCGUUUGGGGAGACCGGAUGAGUUACGAGGAGUCGUAGCUUGGCUUGCAUCGGAUGCUUCUACGUUCUGUACUGGUAGCGACAUACUCGUUAGUGGUGGUCACCACUCGUGGUAGAAAUAAAGCUGCUUGUGCUUGCUUGUAGUUGUAGCCCUUGCAGACUUUACGUUUUCCUAUCUUGAGGUCUCUGCUGGGUAAUUGUAUUAAUAUUGUAUGGUUCUGAUUUCG